GAAAGCAGCAAGGCAACCCAACGGCCAGCGUGGAAACGCAGAAGCCGCCAGCAGGGACACCGCAAGUGCGCAUGCGCAAGCGAAAAGCACUCCGAAGCCGCGCAGCAGCGCAGUUCCCGCAGCCCAUCAGCACUCGCCCGCGCACGCUCUCGUCGUUGCUCUUGUGCGUCGUGCCGUGUGUCGUGCCUUGUUUGGAGUGCUGUGCGCGUGUGCGUGUGCGUGUGCGCUUGUGCGUGCUUCCUGGGCUGUGCUCACAUUUUUCUCACCACCACCAAACCUCGGCAGCUUCGUCUCUUUUGCGAAGCGCACGGGGUUCCGGAGGGCUCCGAGACACGAAACCACCACCACCACACCCAAUAGACUAGCUGCUGCCACAAAACAUCACCGAGUUCCCAUAUUCCCCCUUCUGUCGUUCUCUCCCUCUCCUCCUCCUCCUCGUCCUUCCCUUCUUCUUCCAUUCUUUCUGCCAUUCUUUCCCUUCCUCCACCUCGACUCGUCUGCUACGACUGUUCGAUCCCUGAACCAGCUCCCCCUAUUCCACCCCCCCCCUUCCAACCUUUCUCUGUGUUUUGGCUUGAACCAUCUAUCUCCCUGGGUUGUUCUUGUUUGUCUUCUCCCUUGAGCAACGGCAUUUUUUCCUGUGAUGCACAGAGUUUGCUUUGCGGGCCACUCCUCGACCCAUGCAUCUCCUUUCUGCUCCGUCGCUGGUGAGGAAGACGACGACGACGACGACGACAAUCGGCGCUCACCGCUCAACCUCUUUGACGAAACACUUCACACUGCUUCAAGCGCAGGCAGCAGCAACAGUCUUCACUCUACUGACGCUGAAGCCUUCGUGAGCUUCCCGGACAGCACCAGCGCCGCCCUUUACUCAACCACCAAGCUUCCUCCGCCGCUCCCGCUUCCCUUGCCUCAGCAGCAGGAACAAGAAGAGCACGAAGAUCUUGAGGACGACGAAGGCCUUGUCCUUAACCUCUCCCCUUUGUCCAACUGCCCCGCCGAGUGCGACGCCACCUCUCUGCCUUUCCCCGACUUUGGGAACCCCUUCAAGACGGCAAGCCAACAAGAAGCACGCUCAUCCUCCGACGCUGCCGCGCCAACCACCAAUGUUGCGACGGCGCCAACGGUCGAGUUUUUCGACCUCCUAGCGCAGGAUCAGCCUUCGCCAGGCUUCUUCCCCUUGCCGCCAGGCACCCCGCCUCCGGCCUCGUCCUCCGCCGCGGCCCAGACGACUGGCGCUACCGCCAGAUCAGCCGUCACGACCAACGGCAACGGCAACGUCACGCCAGCCUCAGCUGCUGGCACGACCAUGACUGAUGCCGUGAUGGUGGGCGGUUUGCAGGCGUCGGCCCAGGUGACGCAGAUGUCUGUGAGCAGGGCGCAGGGCAUGCCCCCAGGUGUGCCCGCCACGGCAACGCUGGACCUGUGGAACGUGGACUUUCUCAACGAGGCAGCGUGCUCGUCGUCGCCGACCCCGCCCGCCAUGCUGAGCGCUCUGGCGCCCUACAUGCCGCAGGACGCCAUGGUGAACGGCGCUGCCGGCAAUCAGGGUGUUGCGCAGGCAUCGGCUCGCCGCUCGUGCCUAGCACCGCGCCGCUCUGGGCAGCACAGCAUGCCGCCAGCCCUUUCGCUGGCCGCCAGCAACUACAACAACUACGCCAGUUACAGCACCUUCACGGCCAACGCCAACCCCGGCAAUAACAACACCAACAGCAGCAGCAGCGCAAAUCCAGCGGUUUCGUACGCGUACUCGCCCAGCGGCGUGCCCGCCGUGCUGGUGCCGAUGAUGGCGCCACAGCACUCGGCAGCGGCCCUCACCCACGCUGGCAACAUGGUGGAAGGCCGUGUCGCGAGCACCGGCACGGGCACCAUCACGGGGAACAGCAGCACGUACAGCGGGAGCGACCUCAAGACGGAGGAGCAGCUCUCCCCCUCGCCUGUCGCCAACAUGCUCUCCGAGGACGAUGAACAGGCGCUCGACUUUGCCAUGUGCGGCGACCCCAUGUUGAUGGACACGCGCACGACAACGCCGCCGCCGCCAGCGAACCGGCUGCGCGCACCGAUGACCCGCGGUCGCAGGCGCAGGCGCAGCAAGCGGCAGCAAGCAGCUGUCUCGCAGGCAUCGCAGCCGCACGUGAUGACCAUGAUGCCUGCAAGCAUCAGCGCCAUGGCGAGCAGCAGCAUGUCCUCAGCGGGCUCUGCACCGCGGAGAAGCCUGCGCCAGAAGCAACAGGGCCAAGUGCACAAGCAGCGCAGCAAGCAGUCCAAGCGCCACCAGCAGCAGCAGGAGGAGGAGGAGGAGGAGGAGCAAGAGACCUCGCCUCCAUCGUCCAACUCGAGUGAUCACGGGCACAGCAGCGCCCAUCACCCGCACAAGCGCGGCGUGAAGCUCGAGUCCAAGUACCAGUGGGACGAGCACCUCCUCACCAUGCCACGUGCUGAAUUUGUGCACUUUACGCGCACCAACAAGCACCUGACUGCGGAUCAGCUGCAAGACCUGCGACAGACGCGCCGCCGCAUGAAGAACAGGCUGUACCAGAAGGAUGCCCGGGACAGGCGGUUCAUCAGGGUUGCGCGGGAGCGGGAGUUGACCCGCCACCAGCUGCAGGCGUCUGUGCGCCGUCUCUCUGCACGCUGCCUUCGUCUUGAGGCCAUCAUCCGCGCCCACUGCCCAGAACAGCUCACCACCCUCACCGAAGAGCAGCUGUGAGGCUGUGUCGGCGUGUGCGUGUGUGUGCGUGUGCGUGCGAAUGUUAGACAAGCUGCUGCUGCUCUUUGAACACGUUUUUUUUUUUUUGUGUGUGUGUGUGUGCUGCUCAUUUCCCAUGCCAGGUUAUAUCUGAGCCUGUGUUGUGAUUUGUCUUUUUUCGUGAUGCUGAUCGAUCAUGAUUGGGGUGUUGAUGACAAGCUUGACUGACAACAAGCUUGCGCGUGUGUACCUGCAAGCCUUCUGCUGACUAGCCCCUGUGCACAUGUGUGUAUGUGUGUGAAUGUGCGUAACGUCCAUCCCUUCGUCUUACGCUACAAUUGCUGACGCUUUGUAUGUUAAUUGAAAGUCGUGUUGACAUUGAAGACACUCCCCGAG